UUAUUAUUCUUUUUUGUUUUAUUUUAAAUGAAAUAUUUUGUAUGUUCUACUAUUACAAAAUCUUUCAUGAGCAUAACAAAAUUCUAAGGAAAAAAAACAAGGAGAAAGAAGAAGAAAAGUAUCAACAUAAGUCUAGUCUAAGUAAACAACGAACGUGUAAAUCUAUGAUGCCAUUGCUCUUCGGGACUUUGAUUUAUACGAUAGCUUAAGUAUUAUAUAAAUAUUUCGCCUUACUUAUUUAUAAUGACGCCAAUCUCUGGUUUGUAUAACCGGAAAACACUGAUAAGUAAAAUUCACUAUAUCGUUCCUUAUCACUCAUUGCAAUAUUAAAUUGCGGAAAAAAGUCGCGAGUGGUUUCCUCGCGAUAAUUAUACUCAGAAGAUUUACACAUCGAGAAUGUAAUAAAUGCUGCAGCGCUUUUUCAGUAGGGAAGCGUCAUCACUCUACAGAUAUGCGGAUUGUGCUCAUCCUCUGUUUGCUAUUCUUCUAUGAAGUUUCCUCUCAAGCUUCCAUAUGUCAUCUGCCACCAAAACCUGGACCGUGUGAUAGGUAUUUUCCGAAAUAUUUUUAUAAUCCCAAGACGGGAACUUGUCAUCUUUUCAUUUAUGGAGGAUGCGGUGGAAACGAUAACAGUUUUUCUACAAGGUCUCAAUGUUUAAAUGCAUGCCGUGGAUUAUGAUUUAAAAUGAAAGGAAGAAUGGACAUUCAU